AUGACUGACCCAAACCAGAGCAUCGUCGACCCUGUCGCUAACAACGUCCAGCCCGUCACCAAGAACGAGGACGACGACAAGAAGGUCUUUGCCGGCAACCUUGCUUUUGCUACCACCGAGGAUCAGCUCAAGUCUCUCUUCUCCGAGGCUGGUAAAGUCACACACGCUCAGAUCAUCACUCGCGGCACUCGUUCUCUCGGCUACGGCUUUGUCACCUUCUCCUCCGAGACUGAAGCACAGACUGCCAUUCAGCUGCUCAACAAGCGCGAUGUCGACGGUCGCGAGAUCAGCGUAGAGUCCGCCAAGCCCCAGACUGCCGCCGACGCCGAGAAGCCAAAAGCACGUAGGACCCGUUCCAAGAAGGGCACCGAGUCGUCGUCGUCGUCGCGCGCGCCGCGUCGUGCUCGUGCUGAUGAGGGUGAGGAGGGAGCCGCCGAGGAGGAUGCAGCGAAGGCUGUCAACGGUGACGAAGCAAAGGAGGCUAAUGGCACCAAGCCUUCCAAGUCCGCCAAGCGCAGGCAGAAGAAGAAGGCUGCUGCUGCCGCCGCUGGUGCCGAUGGCGAGGCCGCUGCCACCUCUGGUGACGCAGCAGCCGAGUCGAGCGAAGCCAAGGCCCGCGCCCCCCGUGCCAAGCGCGAGCCCAAGGGCAAGCCCACCGGCGAGCCCUCCAAGACGCUCGUCUUUGUCGCCAACCUCGCCUUUGCCACCACCGACGACUCGCUCAAGGCCGCCUUCUCGGAUUACAAGGUCAAGUCGGCCCACGUCGUCAAGCGCCGCAGCGGCAACCGCUCCAAGGGUUUCGGAUUCGUCGACUUUGAGGAUGCUUCGGAGCAGCAGCGCGCCAUCGCCGCGGCGCAAGGCAAGCAGAUCGAUGGACGAGAUGUCACUCUGCAGGUGGCUGUUCAGACUGACAAGGAGGACCAGGUCGAGGCUGCUGAGGCCACUCCUGCCGCUGCCGCCUAA